ACCAAUGAACUGCACCACCAAAUUCUUCGUCUUCACAUCGGAAUUAUCGAAAAAAUCCAUUGAGGUGGUCGAGUUGCUUGCAGGUGCAGAUACAUUAGUGGAAAUUGUUGCAUAAUGGGGAAUAGUCCUAGCGGCCUUCGUCUUCUUGGAAAUGGAAAGUAUUCUUACGAUAUCAAACUGGGGAAAGCAGCUAGCAUUAGCGUGAAAACAGGACGGAUAAAAGAAAAAGAGAACAGUUUCUCAAGGAGCCAAACGUGGGAACUCUCGUACAACGUAGACAGAAUAACAACAUGUACACUUUCCAUAGUAAAAACCACAAAAACAGUUCCAGCCGAAGAAAAGUUACUGAUCAAUAUCAAAGAUUAUAUUCCUGAAGCAAACAACAGGCACAUCAAAGAAAAGCAUGCAGCUCUUCCAACUCACCCAACCGAGUUAUUUUCCAUAACGCUGCAAAAAGAUGACGAAGAAGACGGUGUUCUUGACGUAGCAUUUCAUCAGAGUUGCAGGUACUUGGAACCAGACUACAUGAAAAAGAGGCGUGAGAGGAGCACGGCAGGAACAUCGUUUUACGCAUAUGGGUAUGGGAGUAGGAUGGGUGUUUUCGUGAUGGAGAAGAAGAAGAGAAGCAAUGAAAAACAACCGUACAUGGUUACGUUGGCGCAUUAUUACGUGAAUAGUGGUAGAGGUGUGGAUAUAGGGUUUUCGGUUUUGGUGAAGAUUGGAGUGCAGAAUGGGGAAUUAGAUUUUAGCGUAGAGGGCCCUGAGGAACACCCUAGUUUGGCGUUGCUUUACAUGAUUGAAGAAGUGGUUCGAAGUGGGAAGUGGAAGCGUUCUGCAUGUCCUCAUUGCAAGAAUCUGCAACAAUGGCAGCGUAGAUGGGUGUCUGAGAGUGAAGACAGUGACACGAAUGUUCCAACACCAGCAGCAUCUCAUGGAGGCCAACAAAAUGCAUCAAAUAAGGGAAGGUUCAGUGGGGAUGGCAUCGGUAGUAUGAUUCAUGCAAACAAAGUUAACUUUAAUAAAUGGUGGACAUAACUUGAAUGAACCAGAAUCAGUUUCUGCAUGAUAAAUGGUAGUGUAGAUAUUAUGUAUAAUUAGUGUUAUAAUGUUUUUCCUUAGUUAUUAAGUUCUGUUCAAGUCCUUUAACAUAAGAAAAUUAAUGGAGAGUUUCUUGUUAUGCUAAAAGAUGAGAAAAAAAAAUGUAAUCAUUUGAAUCAUGCCGGAAACACUUACCCUUGAUCUUCGUAAACUGAGUUUAAU